AUUUUGAAACCUUUGCUCCUCACAGUGAAAGUAGAAAUGAAAGGUGCUGGGACAGUGUUAAGCAUUAUUUGGCUGACUGUUCCAUUAUUUGACUGACUGUUGAGAUUCAGUACUUCAGGAUUAUAAGCGAGGAAAUGGACAAUGCUGUAAGUCAGCAGGUCAUCAGUGUCUGGGUACGAGACCCGCGGAUACGAAAGAAUGACUUUUGGCAUGCCUACAUAGACUAUGAAAUUUGUUUACAUACCGACAGUGUGUGCUUCACCAAGAAGAUCUCAAGUGUGAGGAGGAGAUACAGUGAGUUUGUAUGGCUCAGACAGAAGCUACAAGAAAAUUCAUUGCUAAUGGUACAGCUACCAGAUCUGCCUCCAAAGAACCCCUUCUUCAGCCUGAACAACGCCCAGCAGAUCACUGAGCGGAUGAAAGGCCUCCAGAAGUUUUUGGAACAGAUCCUCCAGAACCCUCUGCUGUUGUCCGACAGUUGCCUGCAUCUUUUCCUGCAGUCACAGCUCAGCGUGUCCAAAAUGCAGGCCUGUGCUGCUGGGAGGACCUGUUACUCUGUUGCCCAGGCGGUCCAGCGCUGUGGCCUGAGGCGAUUUCACUCCGAAGAGGAUCUGCAGAAGGACCUCAGCAUGUCCUGUGACUCCGACUCAGACAGCUCAGAGUGUAGAGAUCCAGAGCCUGGGAUUAAAGAUUUGGCAAUAAACAACGCAGGAAGCACAGCUUCGCUUGAUCUCAUGGGAACCAGCCAGGAGGAAACACUCAGCUGCUCAUUUGGUUCUACCUGAAAACAUCCGUCAUAUCACUGACCGGAAUAUUUGGACCUGACAGGAAGGAAUUUAUCUGUUACUCUUGUCAUACAGCACAAUGCAUUAUUUCACUCAUGAAAAGACACAGUACAUAGUAACAGAAGUGUGCCUUUGUGUAUCUUUAAAGUAUUUUUUAAACAUUAUGUUCUGGUUGUAAAGCCGCAAAGUUGUAGCAGAAAUAUGCCUGAAGAUGGCAGUGUUGUUACAUCCAUCUGUUUGUAUAUUCAAUUCAGAAACAUAUGCUGUACUGUCCAUAUGCACUUCAUAAACAAGCUUAACAGAA